CAUUAAAAAUAAAAAUACAAUAUAAUAAUAAAAAAAAAGCUAAAAAUAAUAUAAAUAAAAUAAAAUAACAAAAAAAAAUAAUAAAAUCAUGAUUAAAAUAUUAGUUUACUAUAAUAAAUCAAUUUUACAAAAAAUAGAGAUGUCGUGAUUAUAUAUUAGUUUACACGAAAAUGUUGGGUUUACUGACACAUCUUUACCAGAAAAUUUUCUCACCAUCAUACAUCGAAUUUCGACGAAAUGUUGAUAUUAUAUAAGUAUAGCUCCGUUAUACAGCGCUCUGGAGAUGUCGCCAUGCGUUUGGGGCGGCUCGAACUCGAUUCUUGAUAUCUGGAGCAUUUGAAGAUGAAAAUAGUCAAAAGCUCAACAACCUCUAUUCUUAGUUUUACAAAGAUGUUUCUGUGCGUGAAAAGCUAGAUCAAAAUUCAAAAUUUCAGUUCUAUUAGCCUUUUUCUGAAUCAAAUUGACUGAAAAUUACUAGCUAUCAAAGUUUUUUGACGACACACUUUUGUAGAGAAAACAUUAUUCUACAAAAUGAGAUGUGACACAACCAUUCAUCUUUUUUUUGUCUGCAAGAGUCGCUUCUCUACGAAAAGCCCUAAACUGGUGUUAACCGACCAGUAACAGUAUCGGUACCGAUCACGCGACGUUGGCAAACAUCUUUUAUCUGAGUAUUCAAGCUAGAAAGUGCUAUUAUACCUUAUUCUAUAAAGAAAUUUUUGUUUUACAAGACUGAGUCAUCAAAAAACUUUUAAAAGAUCAUUUUGCGGUACUAAAAAUUUUAUGUGAAAAAGACGAGAAAUUGCGACCGGUAAAUACUGAUGCAUGCAUCUGAUGAACUUGCGAAACUACUUUUUGUUUAUUUUUCUCACAUCACUUUCAGGAGUUUGUUCAAAAGCUUUGGAAAGAGAGAAGAAAAAUUAUGUUAAAAAGAGAACACGGUUGACUAUCACAUGAUGCACGUUUGCAAAAAUCAGUAUUUGUGACAUACGACAUCAUUUUUGAUAUAUAGAAGAAUCUUAAUUUCUCAUUUAUUUGGUCAGUUAUAUAUGAAUAAUAUAAAAGUUCAAUUAUCAAAGUGUGUUAUCCAUUUUUUCUUUUCUCUCUCUCCCUCGAACAAUCCGUAUAUCUUUUUAAAAUCUUUGAGAAAAGUAAAUUUUGAUCAUCAAAUAUGAGCAAAAAUAUCCUUCUAAAAUAAAUUUAUGACGAAGUUAUGUUCACCAACAUUGAAUUUAUUCUACAGUGCUUUUUAGAAGCUUUUCUACAUAUUGCACUUAUGAAGUAAAACAGCUGGUUAACUCUCACAUCAUAAUGAAUCAUUCAUCUUAUGAUUCAUUUAUGCGAUCAGAAUUGUUUUUUGACGAAAAAAAAUUUUAUAUUCACAUAUAUUUCUAUUAGAUAGAUAUUUUAUUUUAUUUUGAAACAUGAUCCUAUAGGAACUAUCUCCUGUCUUCAAUGGAAAUUAAAAUAUUACUCAAAAUUUUCAAAGUAAAAUGUAUUCUUUACAAGUAUGCAGUUUAUGGAUGUUCUAUUUCGAGACGAUGUACUCUGUGAAUUUUAUAUCCGACUUUUUGGUGACGAUAUAGUUUCAGGAAUUAUCGUGAAAGGGUGAACAUGUUUUGAGUCCGACUAAAUCCAAUCAUCGUUUGUAAGUAUCUUUGUACAGUAGAGUAUUAUUUGUCCAUUGGUAAAGGUUCAUCGACAAUAACUACGUGAGUCUAGAAUGACCACGAUUUUAAUCACCGAGAUAUUUUUCUAAUGUCAUAUAUUGUAGACGAGAACAAUAAAGAUUGUUGAUGCAAUCAAUAUGUUUCAAAGAACGUACGUCUACUUCUUUAGAUUGACAGUAAUGAUAUAAGAAUUGGUAAGAAAAAUGUCUAAUGAACGUGUGAGAAAGUAAAUACUAUUUUGAACAGAGAAAGAAGAAAAAUUGUAUACCGUAUUAUCAAAUUUUAAAUAUUAUUAUUAUUAUCAGUUUAAUAUUUGAAUUAUUUUCAAAAGUGUAAGAAUGUUGAACAAUUUUACAUCAAAAGUACGUAUAAUUAGAUUAAUUCCUAUGUGUUAAAUGAGACCAUGCACAUUGCUGGAUGAAGAGUUUGUUGAUUUACGUUAAGUUCUGACUUCUACUUACUAAAAUAGGUUUCUAACAUGGAAAAUCUUAAAUCGAAAAAGUUUUACUUUCCGAUUAAAAAGCAAAUCGAAACUACUUUUAGUAACGCCAGGAAAUAGAGCAAACAUUUCUGAUCAAAAUGAGAUAUUUCCCAGGUCUGUCUGGGUUCUCCACAACGUUUCGUUACUGAGAAAUCUGGCAGCUAUGAACAGCCCCAUUUUGGUCACUGUUGUGGAAACAUCUCAUAAACCAUGCACGAUGAAGCCAAACAAAAAAUUUCGUCGCAAGAUCAGCAUCUCCUAAAAGUUCAAUUCAUCAUCCUAAAAUAUCAAUUUCGGACUUCUGCUUAUCAAAAUAGGUUUUUAACAAGGAAAACCUUAAAAAAGAAAACAAAUAACACUGUCCAGGAUAAAAUUUAUUAACAAAUCAACCGUAUGGAUGUUAGAAAUAGACAGAAAUGAAAUGAUUUCUUCUUUAGACCAAAUUAAUCUAUGUUAGAGCGUUUGUUUUAUAAUCUCAUAUUUCGUUUGUUAAAUACUCAAGCAAAAAAUAUUUAGUAAAAAAAUAUUUAGAAAAAGCAUGGAUUUAGUUAGGUUUUUGAAUAACUUUUGAUAGAAAAAGAUACAGAAUUGAAGCCAAAGAAGUUGAAAUACAAAUCUAUGGAUUUGUUUUACAAGAGUAGAUAGUCCAAUGUGUCCUCUUCGAAAUGAAAGUUAAACAGCCUUCUGAUUUAUCAUCGUUUAAGCGUCACAUUUGAUUUCCUAAACGUACCGAAAUGUGUAAUUUAUCUCAAAACAAAUAUUGCGACGAGACUCAGCAUGAUCGAUUAUCCAUAGUUCAAACGUCUUCAAGGGCAUCAAUAGUCACCGGAUGCCAGUCCUGGAACUUGUAGAAAUGCGAUACAACACGAAAAUCAAGGUCUUGCUUGACUCCUGCUUUGAAGAAGACCCUCCGUGCUAUCGACCCAUCAAAAAAAAAUUAAAACAAUCCUAUCCGAAAACGUUUACACGCGAUCUUGUUUUCCAAAGACCUCGUGGAGAACCCGUUUCAGAAAACUGUUCUGAAAAACUUUUGGUUACGAAAACAUGUCUUCAAGUCUCCGCUUUCGAAUGGUGAAAACCACAACUUUUUAUCUCCUUUCGUUCUUGAGUUAUUUAAAAAAUAGUUACGUGUCUUAUUUUUUUAACAGACAGCAGUAAGGUACCGAUUUGGCGCUAUUUUCACUGAAUAUUGAAAAAUUCAUAAAUCAUCGCGACUUCUUGGGUUUUCACGCGACUUUACAAAUAUCUACUAGAAAGCUUCAUUGAAAAACUGAUUCAAAACGUAGUUUACUUACGAAAAGAUGCCUUCAAGUCUUCUCUUAAAAAUGACGAAAGCUGCAGCUCUACACUUCCUGUUUCCGUAAAUCAAUCCAUAUUAUUCAUUCAUAUGUUUGCUCGUACAAUCACUUUACAAUUAUUAAUUUCUAUAUACUUGUACAAGAAAAUGUAGAGAAUUCCAUGAGAGAGAGAAAUGUCUAUUUCAUGGACAAUACAAUAGUCGAUAAACUGCUGUGAUACCGAUAGUAACUGCUUUCUGUUAAGCAUAUCUUGUACGAAAAGAUUAUAAAUAUAAGACUGAUAAAUAUAUUUUGUAAUAGACCUAAAGCUGGUACUUACUAUAUGAAAUACUAAUUUUCUUUCUAGUUUCGUCGACAAAAUCGAACUACACCUAAUACGUCGGUAGUUGAACAAAGUGCGAAGGAUGAGGGAGACAGUGAUGAAUGGGAUCGUCCUAUCGAAUUUGUCUUUUCACUGAUCAGUAACUCCGUAGGUCUAGGAAAUGUUUGGCGAUUUCCGUUUUUAGCUGCAAAUAAUGGUGGUGGUGCAUUUUUGAUACCCUAUUUUAUAUUAUAUUUUUUAAUUGGUGCACCAUUGUAUUAUCUUGAAUUAGCAUUAGGUCAAUUUUCCAGUCGUGGACCAGCUAAAGUUUUUAUGCUCUCUAAAGGAUGGCAAGGUAUUGGCUUUGCAAUGAUCAUUAAUUCGGUGUUCACAAUGCUCUAUUAUAAUGUGGUUAUUAGUUGGGCAUUAUUUUAUUUCAUUUUAUCAUUUCGAAAAAGAUUAUUAUGGGCUGACUGCGACAAUUGGUGGAAUACAUGUGAUUGUUUUGUACCAGGUAUGUACAAUAGAACGAAUUUCAUCGAGGUUUAAAUUUUUUAAGGAUGUUUUCAGAUAAUUCAAUCUCGACAAAAAAAUUCAUUCUUUUCCAUUUUUACCAUACAUUAGACUGAAAUAAUUAUGGAUACUUUUCUAGGUGGUACUGGUCGUCCACAGAGUUGUCCGGAUCCUAAAAAUUAUGAUCAAAAUAUGACAAUGAAUGUGA